GCGCUUUUGGCGCUAAUCUUGCAAAGGCUCGGCGUACUGGAUAUUGUAUCUCACCAGCUCCUGAUCAGCAGAUCACCACACUGCAGCAGAAAGGGGAGUUUAUCCGGGCAAUUAUCUCGUUGGUGCGGAGAAAUGAUGGACUUGAUCUUGAUGAUGCAGCAAGCAAAUGCUCCCGAGGAAGCUGAGUACGAGAUAUUCCUCCUAGCUGGCGUUAAAAAACGUCACUUCUCCACCGUGCUAAAUACGCAGCGUAAAGGUGUCCUGAUGCUACAGCAUCUUUAUAUACCCGAUUUUGGGCAGGUAUAAAAUAAAUGGCAGCAAUCUAAAUCUGUACUGCUUCUAGAGAUCUCUUGAGUGAUUCCUCCUAUCGGAUAUAUCCGGCUAUACUCAAUAAUAAUAACUACCCACACAACCGUCGUAGUUCCAUCCGUACGCGCGAAUGUAAAAAAGCGGAUAAAAAAGCAAACAUGCGCGAUGCCCAGUGCUCUGCAUUAGCAGAAAAAUCGGUGAAGAUCCC